GCUGGGGCGAGAGGCGGGGCCGCGGGGGUCGACGGCGAUGGGGCUCGCCGAGGAGGAAGAAGGGGGUGGAAGGCGGCUCCGCGGCUGCUGACCCUCCGCGGGGAGCGAGCGGGGGGACCGUUGUCCCCACAGGGCUGGUAGCAGCGGCGGCUAAGAAGAAGGAUAAAUUGAAGCUAUCAAGAUGAGCAGAAAGCCUCCACAUCGUCCUGGGAUCACAUUUGAAAUUGGUGCUCGGUUGGAAGCUCUGGAUUAUCUACAAAAAUGGUAUCCUUCACGCAUUGAGAAGAUAGACUAUGAGGAAGGAAAGAUGCUUGUCCAUUUCGAACGUUGGAGUCAUCGUUACGAUGAAUGGAUUUACUGGGAUAGCAAUCGAUUGCGUCCGCUUGAACGGCCUUCACUGAGGAAAGAGGGCCUAAAAGAUGAUGAAUUUAUUGAUUUUAAACCAGGAGAAGAGGUUCUGGCUCGUUGGACAGAUUGCCGAUAUUACCCUGCAAAAAUUGAAGCAAUUAACAAAGAAGGAACCUUCACUGUACAGUUCUACGAUGGAGUGAUUCGGUGUCUCAAAAGAAUACAUAUCAAAUCCAUGCCAGAGGAUGCCAAAGGGCAGGCGCGCGAGAGGCAGCAGAUAGCACCGGAGCUGAGAUUAGUGACGGAUAACGAGCCACAUGAAGAUUGGAUAGCUUUGGUCAAAGCUGCAGCAGUGGCAGCUGCGAAAAACAAAGCAGGAGUUAAGCCACGGACAAGUGCGAACAGUAAUAAAGACAAAGAGGAGAGAAGGUGGUUUAAAGUACCUUCAAAGAAGGAAGAGACAUCAACCUCAGCAAUUGUCCAGAAAGUCCAGAAGAAAGAAGAGCAGCCCACAUCCAGUGAGACAUUUGGAUUCCCUCUAGUGGAUGUCCCAAAGAUUGCCUUUGUACAGGCAGAGAAUGCAUUAGCGCACAAGAGGAAAAACAAUCUAGGCAACUCAUUUCAAGCAAAGAGGGCUCGUCUUAACAAGAUCACUGGAUUGUUGGCAUCCAAAGCUGUCAGUGCUGACGGUGCUGAAAAAAAAGAAGACAGCAAACAAGCAGCUCCAGUCUUGGAGCAGGAGAUAUCACCUAAGCCUCAAAGUCAGAAAAAAAAUGAAGCUGAUAUUAGCUGUUCUGCCAACAUUCAGAAAUCGGCACUGUUGCCCUCCAACUUGUCUUCAGGAAAGGCUCGCAGCAAGAAAUGCAAACAAGAAUCUGGAGAUUCUGCAGGGUGUUUAAAGCCCCUUAAAACACCAAUUUCCCCAGAGUUAAUACAAGUGGAGGAUUUGACCCUGGUCUCCCAGCUUCCUUCUUCUGUGAUAAAUAAAACUAGUCGAUCACAACCAGUGACUGUCCGUAGACCCUUCAAAAAUAGCCACCGGAGACGAAGAUUACAGCACUUAGCGACUGAUUCGUUGCCUCAUGAUUCUCUAGAAAAAGUUCCUUCUCUCUCUCCAGUCAUUGAUGGUAAAGUGUUCUCCAUCAAUGCCCCAAAUGAACCGCGCGCAUUACUGGAGGUUCCCAAUGUUGCUCAUGUAUCCCUUGAGAAGCAAGGACUGUGUCUCCCUCUUGACUUAAGCAGUAACUCGGAUGUUUCAGCACCGUUAACUGGGGAGGUUGCCCUCUAUAACAAACAGCCCAAUCAAGAGAAGGAAGAGAACCAGAUUAUUAGAUGCCAUCUUUCUAAAGCAGGAACUGAUGGCAGAAUAGCUCCGGUGGUAUCAGGAACACUGAAAAUUGAGAGAAAAUCAAAACUGGAAGAGAGAUGCUCAUCUUUGCUUGGUAAAAAGAAGGAGAAGGAAAAAAAAGAGAAGAAGGAAAAAGAUCAGAAGUCAAAACAGAAGAAGAAGAAAAAGAAAAAGAAGAAAUCAAAGCAGCAUGAUUACUCCGACUUUGAGGAUAGCUCUCUUGAAUACUUCGACAGGUGCUCCUCCCCCUUCACUAGGUCUUCUGGCAGCUCGCUGACUCUACGCAGCACCACAACGGAGAAGAGCACGUCUUAUCAGUACCCAAGGGCUAUUUUAUCUGUUGAUCUCAGUGGUGAAAACCUCUCUGAUAUGGAGUUUUUGGAUGACUCGUCUACUGAGAGCUUGCUGUUGAGUGGUGAUGAAUAUAAUCAGGAUUUUGAUUCAACCAAUUUUGAAGAGUCUCAGGAUGAAGAGGAUGCUCUGAAUGAAAUAGUCAGGUGUAUCUGUGAAAUGGAUGAGGAAAAUGGCUUCAUGAUUCAAUGUGAGGAAUGCCUGUGUUGGCAACACAGUGCAUGCAUGGGAUUGUUGGAAGACAGCAUUCCUGAGCAAUAUAUCUGCUACAUUUGCAGGGAUCCACCUGGUCAGAGAUGGAGUGCCAAAUAUCUCUGUGACAAAGAUUGGUUGAAUAAUGGCCACAUGUGUGGCUUGUCGUUCUUAAAAGAGAACUACUCUCAUUUAAAUGCCAAAAAGAUUGUGUCAACGCAUCGCCUUCUGGCUGACGUGUAUGGUGUUACAGAAAUAUUACAUGGGCUACAGCUGAAGAUUGGAAUACUAAAAAAUAAGCAUCACCCUGAUCUUCAUCUCUGGGCUUGCACAGGUAUGCGGCGGGAUCAAGACCAAAUCACUCUUGGAAUAGAAAGAAGGGUCCUAACUGUGCCAGAAGCCAUUAAUCCCUCUGGAAGGACGUGUCAUAGUCAAAAUCAUAAAGAGCCCCCUCGUUUAGCUCCAAAGAUGGAAGAAACAUACAUCAGAAGUGAACACAGUUAUCAAAAACCAAGUUUUGGUCAGGAUUGCAAGUCAGUUGUUGACCCCGCCAGCUCAGAGGAUGAUGACACCAGCAGUUUUGAACAUAAUCAGGAGCUUCUCUUAGAAGAGAAAAACUGUUUACAAUAUUCAUCUACAGAAGAUGGUUUUGGCCAUCAGAAGCAUUCAGCUGAAGGGAACACCGUGUUUGUGUUCAAUGAAAAAAGAGGAGCCGAAGAACACGUGGAUGCUCGUCUUCAGUGGCAGCUAAACCUCCUUACCCACAUAGAAAAUGUGCAGAAUGAAGUCACUAGUAGAAUGGACCUGAUUGAAAAGGAAGUUGAUGUGUUAGAAAGCUGGCUUGAUUUCACUGGAGAAUUGGAGCCACCCGAUCCCCUUGCACGUUUGCCUCAGCUCAAGCGUCGGAUUAAACAGCUCAUUUCUGACAUGGGUAAAGUCCAACAAAUUGCAACCCUUUGCUCUGUAUGACAAAAGGGAAGGUAAAGGAACGCACACAGGCUCCAACUAUGGGUUUCUUCUGAUUCACAAGACUCACAAAAGGGUACCUUUAAAAAAAGAAGCCUGAAUGCUGUUCCUUAUUCUCUGCCGAUUCUCUCCUUAGCCUCAAAGUGGUGGGUGGGAUGGGGCAAGGGAGAAAUCUCAUCUAUAAAGGAAAGUUCGUACCGGUUUGAUCUGAAAAGCAGGGAAGUAAAGAUUUGUGUAUUCCUUUCCAUGUACAAUGGUUUAGAAACCUCAACAAAGGCAUGUUUUCCUACAUCUUCACAUGCAGUAUCAAGGAAGAAGUCCACAAACUGUUAAACAAUCAUAAAAUAAGAAGUCGGCCAAAGGAAUCUGCAUUGGAAGAAGGAACAAAUUUGCCUUGUUUUCUUUCAGUCGGGACAGCAGAACAAGGAGAUUUGUCCCUGUUGGUAUCUUGAAGGGUGAAAAAGUUGAACAAAUGCCUGUUUUCCUUUGUACUGUAGAUAUCCAGGAAAAUGAAAAAUUCUAGCUUCCCUUUCAGAAGAAACUGUUUUCUACGGUAGCCUCUAUGAAUAUUUUUUUAAGCCAAGCCUUCCUUGCAUUGAAUCUUAUGCUCCAUUUUUAGAAACCAAACUGGGAAGGUAAUGGUCAGAAGUGCCAAAAAAUGCUUUCAAAAAACACUGAAACGGGAGUGUGUGAGGUCAGUUGAAGGGGACCUUUCCCCUGACUUCUCAUUAUCUGAAUCCUCCAUAUUGCCAGCAUCAUCCAGGAUUGGAUCUCAUUCAUAUUUGGGUAAGCUAUAAUUAUAGUAUUGAGGGAUAUAGUCCCGUUGCUUUUUUAAAUGUGUCUCACCUUCCUCAGCUGGAUUGAGGAACUGCAAGAGCAUCCAAAAUGCCAAGGACUGGCUGUGAAAUGGGUCCACGUCCAACCUUUUUAGCCUUUGUAACGCGAAAUGAAAGCGAGUGAGGAACACAAAGGUUGAUGCUGUUUUAUUCCAGGGAGAUAAGCCUGUGCAUGCCAAGAAUCUUGGAAUAGGUCAGCAAUUCAUAAAACGUGGCAUGCUCUGUAUAUUCUCCCUGUGAAUCCCAAAUACAAGUUAGGAGCCCUCCUUCUAGAAAGGGUAUGGUGCGAGCGUAAUUACCUAUUAAAGGCAUUCACGUAUGAUUUGGCAAAUCGUUAUGAAACCAAAGCCAGCCUAGUUAGCUGGGUUUUUAAAAAAUUCUGGGCCAAGUCCAGGGUUUUCACUUUAGUUUAUCUGCAUUAUUGCUGCACCCAGUGCUAUAGUAUACCUGUUAGGGUAUGUAUAUAUGUCUUUGUGUGCGUGCAUGUGUAUGUGUGUAUAUAUACAUAUACAUACAUAUAUAUGUGUGUGUGUGCGCUCAUAUACAUACUGCAUUCUAGAGACAUAUUUAUAUUGACAAGUCUAGUUUUCUUACAAUAAAAAGACCUUGGUGACAAAAUAUUUAAAAUGUUACCUUUUAAUGAGCUGUUUCUUAGAGAGAGAGAGAGAGAGAGAGAGGAUAAAAAAAUAAUCUAUGUACAGAUUUUGAAAUUUGUAAAAAAGAAAUAAUUUUUUUAAAAAUACUGACUGUUCAAGAGAGGCUGCACCAUUGAGGACAGCAAGACAGUUGAAUGCUCGAGGCCUCCCCGACUGUUCCCGUGCUGGCAGUAUGUAUAAAAUGUGUGAGAACUACAUGAAGGACAGUAAACUUGAACCUCCAUGGGAUAAGAGUACAAGCCACUGUACAUUAAAAUGUAUUUAAAUUUGCAGAUACACUGUCUAUAUGUAAGGUACUGUAUGUAAAGCUGUUUAUUAAACUAUUCUGUAUACCGCA